AUGAGACCUACCACUGCACUUUUUGCUGUAUAUGGCGUCCCCUUCAGCCUGACAGGCGUACCUGCUAUACCAGAAUUUAUUGGUCGCGAGGAGGGUCUGGCUUCUUUAUGGGCCAUCUUAAAUCCUUUGAACUUGUCAAGUCGCAUCAUUAUGGUGCUCCAUGGAACCGGGGGGGUUGGAAAGACUCAGCUCGCAGUUGCUCUUGCAAGGAAACACAAGAAUGAUUUCACCGCAAUUUUUUGGCUGGAUGCAAGGAAUAAAAGCUCGCUGAUCCGCUCCCUCGCGAAAGCUUCUGAACGGCUCUCUCCAUCACAGCUCCAGCACGCCGGCAUUGAAAGUCCGAAUGGUGAAGAAGAACGUUCGAGGGGAAUGACUAGGUGGCUGGGCCUCCCGGGAAAUUCAAGCUGGCUCCUUGUGUUCGAUGACGCCGAUGGUCUCUCAUUGGAUCAGAUCAGCGACUUUUUCCCGGCAGGCGACGGUGGUCGAAUCGUCGUUACCACUCGACGUAAAACAUUUUGUCAACUUGGUCUCUCGUUCCCGGUUCAGAAAAUCCCACUGCAGGAAGCAAAGGAGGUUUUCAAGUCAAGCGCCCAUCUGGUUGGCGACCUUAGUACGGAUUGUCAGAAUGAUAUCGAGAACCUCUGCAGGUAUCUCGACGGUCUUCCCCUUGCACUCUCUUCUGCGGGCGACUUCGUCCGAUCCACUGGUUCCACUGCAGCAGAAUAUCUACAGUUCUACAAAACGCAAUGGGUUGAACUUCAAUCAGCUUCAUCGCCUAGCAGAUGGUAUUCAAGAGGAACUUUGAAUCAAACUUGGUCAGAUACUUACAGCGCCCUGAAGUCUGAUUCUCGGCAAGCUGCACUAUUACUAGACAGUAUUUGCUGCUUGGAUGACGAUAAGAUAUCGUUCACAACGUUUCAUAAAACUUUGAAAGAGCACCAAAAGCGACAUUUAAACGAAGAUACGUUUAACAAACAUAUGGGGUCUAUUGUGGACUACUCUUUUGCUGAGUUAAUGGAUGAUGGGUCCUACUCAAUCAAUUCCGUUCUUCGUUCCUGGUUUCGCUCUCGAAGCGCAUCAUGA